AUGGAGGAUGUCAUCGCGUGUUUGGGAUUCACGCAAACGGAUAACCCACUUUCUCGCGCCAAAGAUCAUCCGAAGAUCGCACACGCAAUGGCGCAACUAGCCGUGGAGCAAGGGCCUGACUCCAUUACAGCAUCACAAAAGGAGGCGGCCGAACAGCUGAUGGACCUGGUGGUUGCGGAAGGUGCGGAGGACAAAGCAGUGGCGGAGGCGGCAGCGCAACUGCUGGCGAUGACGGCAGCGGACGACAAGAAGAAUCCUCACCUCAUGCAUGUGGACCGAUGGGUCUCCACGUGCUGCGGCGUGCUCAGUGAGUUAUCAGUGCGGAUGCUAUGUUAUCUGUGA